AUGGAACAGAACACACCGAUAUACGCUCUCUCGGACGAACGGAACGUACCCUCAGUCGACGGCUGCGAAACUGCGUAUAAGACGUUCAUAAAGGAGUACCCCCAGUACCAACUCACAUGGGCUAUCGAUGCCCUCCGCCGUACCGACUUCGCAAGGAUAGACAGCAGUCAGGAGACUUAUGUCGACUACAUGGGUGGAUGCGUCUACCCCGCCAGUCUUGUUCGUGUUCACGCGGACUUUCUCCAACUCAACGUUCUUGGGAACACCCAUUCAGUGAACAACUCCUCACAACUAUCGUCACGCCACGCCAACGAGGCGCGCCAAGCUGUUCUGGAUUUCUUCAACGCGCCGCCAGGUUAUGUCGUCGUCUUCACGCAAAACGCAUCCGGCGCGCUCAAGCUCGUGGGGGAGUCCUUCCCGUUCCGCCAGGGAAGCAACUUUAUCCUCAGCGCCGACUCACAUAAUAGCGUACAUGGCAUUCGCAAGUUCGCAGAAGCCGGCAAUGCGCAGGUUCACUAUAUCGAGGCUACGAACGAAGGAGGAUGUCAUCCCGCACAUGCAAUGGUUGCCUUGAAUGAAUUAUCUCCUCCAGAUGCCAAUGCUCCCCCAUCGCUGUUUGCGCUCACUGCACAGUCGAAUAUCACCAACACCAAAAAUCCCCUGUCACUCAUCGAGUUCGCUCAAAACCGAGGGUUCAGCACCCUUCUCGACGCCGCUGCGCUUGUUCCGACAUCAACAUUCUCGCUCACAGAACAUCCUGUGGACGCCAUGGCCGUAAGCUUCUAUAAGAUGUUCGGUUUUCCUACCGGCAUCGGAGCCUUGAUCGCCAAAAAGAGCUUUCUCGCGAAGCUGGAGCGGCCCUGGUUUGCAGGCGGUACCGUCGAUGUGGUACAGGCUCCGGGUGCCAUCGCAAGGCUCUCAGAAGUAGUUCAUGAACGUUUCGAGGACGGAACCAUCAACUACACUAGCAUGCCUGCAAUCACGAAUGGCCUGCAUUUCCUCUCCGCAUAUCUCCCCUUCCUCCCCAUCCGACUGUCUGCGCUCACGCGAUACCUCAUCGCGAGCUUGGAAGCGCUGCGACACGACACGACCGGGACGCCCGUGGUGCGCGUGCUCUCGCGCCGUCCAAAGAAAGCCGUCAAGACCAUCGGGCAGCAAUCCGACACGGGCUCCACGGUCUCGCUGCUCUUCCUCGACCCGCACGGGACGAUGAUCCCGAACUCCUUCAUCGAGCACGCCGCGGCCGCGCACCGCAUCUCCCUCCGCACCGGGUGCAUGUGCAACCCGGGCGGCGCCGCGGCGAUGCUCGACCUCCGCGCGGCGAUGGCGGCGCUCCCCGCGGACGCGACCCUGCGCGCGCUCGAGGCGCGCGUCGGGCGCGAGCUCGGCGUCGUCCGCGUCUCGCUCGGGCUCGCGAGCGACUUCCGCGACGCGUGGCGCGUCGUCGCGUUCGCGCGCGGCGUGGGCUCGGAGGCGGCGCGGGGCCGCAUGUGGAGCGCGUGGGUCGCGGCGAAGGUGGAGGGCCAGGGGGCGCGCUGA